AUCUUGUACGCGUGAACACCGGAACCUUUCUCCCCCCUCAUCGUUCAUUCGUUUACUCUUCUUUUUCCAAUUUUUGCUAUACUGCGCAGGGCAAGUGGCGCGCAUCUUAGCCAACCGUCAUCGUUUGUAUAUCAUUAUUAUUAUUUUCUAAAUUUAUUUGAAGAUAUAUAUAUAUAUAUAUAUAUAUUUGUGUGUAUCUGUUGUAUAUACAUACAUAGAUACGCAGAAUUUGAAGGCUCGUUUUUGUUGAAUAUUAUUAAUGGCCGCUCCACCGGUUAGGGCACGAGCAGAUUAUGAUUACCUCAUAAAGCUCCUUUUGAUCGGAGAUAGCGGUGUAGGGAAGAGUUGCCUUCUUUUGCGUUUUUCUGAUGGUUCUUUCACCACAAGUUUUAUCACUACCAUCGGGAUUGAUUUUAAGAUAAGAACCAUUGAACUUGAUGGCAAACGGAUUAAACUCCAAAUCUGGGAUACAGCUGGUCAGGAGCGGUUCCGCACAAUCACAACUGCUUAUUAUAGGGGAGCUAUGGGAAUUUUGUUGGUGUACGAUGUUACAGACGAAUCAUCUUUUAACAACAUAAGAAACUGGAUUCGGAACAUUGAACAACAUGCCUCUGAUAACGUCAACAAGAUUCUUGUUGGUAAUAAGGCCGAUAUGGAUGAAAGCAAGCGGGCUGUUCCUACCGCCAAGGGUCAAGCACUAGCUGAUGAGUACGGCAUUAAGUUUUUUGAAACUAGUGCAAAAACAAACCUAAAUGUCGAGCAAGUUUUCUUUUCAAUAGCAACGGAUAUCAAGCAAAGACUUGCGGAAACCGACACUAAGGCCGAGCCAUCGACGAUCAAGAUUAAUAAACCAGAGGGUGGAGGUGCUAAUGAUCAAGAUGCCCAGAAAUCAGCUUGUUGUGGUUCUUAAAAAAACGGUUCAUAGGCAGAGCUCUGACGGUAUCAUGAUGCGCAUUUGGUCGAACUUACUUGCCAUUCUUUUCAAACUCUUGUGUUAUGUGAAAACAUGUUAGGUUUUAUUCUUUUGUUUUUCAUUCUCUUGGUUUUUUAUAUUCUCUUUGUUUUACAUCUACAUUAAACUCAGGAUAUGAACACACUUUGUUUUUGGUA